AUGGCUCCCUUACCCGCUGCGCUCUCCGAGCUUCCAAACCAGCUGGGGCACCUUUUCCAUCGUGGUAGCGAGCAGGCACAAUCUCUCGCACGCGACGCUGCCGCCCACCUAGCCCCGACAGUCACUCUUCAACUGCCCGACCGCGUCAAGCGCCAGUCCCCCGCGACCGUCACCGUCACGGUGACCGCCGCACCGGCAGGCGGCGGUGGCGGAAGCGGUGCAUCAACUCUAAGCGGCGGCGCCAUCGCAGGCAUCGUCAUCGGCAGCGUCGUCGGUAUCCUUCUCCUCCUCUGGAUCAUCCGGUCCUGCAUGAACAUCGGCGCGCCGCCCCAGGAGCGCGAGAGCUGGUACCACGACGUCGAGCCCACCAGCACGCGCCGCCGGCACAGCGGCAACCACCACCACCACUCGCACUCGCGCCGCGGCUCCGUGGCCGAGGUCCGCACGUCGUCGCGCCCCCCUGUCGUGGUGGUCAGGGACGAUGCUAGGAGGGCGUCCAAGAGCCCGCGUCGGCCCAGCGCGACGUACGCUUAUGAGGAACCGAGCAGGGGGCGGAGCGGGAGGAGGGUAUAUGACUCUUACUGA